UGAUGUUGGAUGUUGGCGCUCUCCUUUUGUAUUGCGUUACUUGAGGAUGGCUGGCAAUGCGUUGAAAAGACUCAUGGCAGAGUACAAGCAAUUGACAAUCAAUCCACCAGAAGGUAUUGUUGCUGGACCAGUGGAUGAAAGAAAUUUUUUCGAAUGGGAAGCAUUAAUUGCUGGUCCAGAAGGUACACCAUUUGAAGGUGGUGUCUUUGCUGUACGUUUGAAUUUCCCAUCAGAUUAUCCAUUAUCUCCGCCUAAAAUGCAGUUUCUAACUGAAGUGUUUCAUCCAAAUAUCUAUCCAGAUGGACGUGUAUGCAUCUCUAUACUUCAUGCUCCUGGUGAUGAUCCAAUGGGUUAUGAAAGUUCAGUUGAACGUUGGAGUCCAGUUCAGUCAGUUGAAAAAAUCCUUUUAUCUGUUGUCAGUAUGCUUGCAGAACCGAAUGAUGAGAGUGCAGCUAAUGUGGAUGCAGCUAAAACAUGGCGUGAAGAUAAAGCACGUUUCAAUAGUUUAGCACUUCGAAGUGUACGUAUCAGCCUAGGUAUAUCGACAGACUAAUAUAUCUACAUCUAUCUAUAUCAUUUCAAUCUAUAACAUCUCAUUGAUAUGCAUUGUUAUCUCCCCUUUAGGUGUGGUUUCUUUUUAUUUCUUUUUUUUUCUUUGUUCCUGUUUUGUUAUCUUUAUUUUUAUGUGUAUGGUUUCACUGUACAAAUUAUUGGGUAGAUAAAAUAAAAUAAAAACAUACGUAUAUAAA